AUGUCUUUAAACUCUGAUCGAUAUGCGUUUAUUGGAUUAGGCGCCAUGGGACUUCCAAUGGCAAUAAACCUUCAAACCCAUUUUUCAUCAAAUAAUCUUCCUCCAUUGAUCGUUUACAAUCGUACAUUUUCUAAAACACAAUCAGUAAAAGAAAUUGGAGCCAUCGCUGCUAAUAGUUUGAAACAAGUCAUUGAAAAUGCUAAUAUAAUUUUUACUUCACUUGCUAAUGAUGACGCUGUUAAUCAAACUUAUGGUCAAAUGUUGAAAGAAUUAGAACUUAUUAAUGAUAAUAAUAAGAGAAAAACCAUAUUUAUUGAAACAAGUACUAUUCUUCCAACUACAAUUAGUGUGAUUAGAGAGAAAGUUGAAAAUGUAAAUAAUACGAUUUUAUUACAUUGUCCUGUUUGGGGCCCUCCUAAAGCUGCAAAGAGUGCUCAAUUAUCAAUUAUUACUUCUGGCAACCAAAGUGCAAUUGAUUACAUACAACCAGUAUUAGUUCCUGUGUUAGGAAAGAGAAUUUUACCUGUUGGUGAUGAUGUAACGAAGGCAUCAAAAUUUAAGUUAAUUGGAAAUUUUUUCAUUAUCGGUACUUGUGAAUUAUUAUCAGAAGGACUUACUUUAGGUGAAAAAUCUGGUAUUGGAAAAGAAUUGGUCAUGGAAUUUAUUUCCUCUGUUUAUACAACGGGUGGCAGUUAUGUGCAUUAUGGAACUAAAAUGGUAGAAGAAAAUUUUAAUAAUGAUGUUGGAUUCACUGUUACUAAUGCUCUAAAGGAUGUAGGACAUAUUCAGCAAUUGGCAAAGGAUUCGGGUGCGCAUCUACCAGUAGCAGAUUUAGUGAGUAAAAAUUUGAACUAUGCAAAAGAUAAUGAACCAGGUGCUGAGAAUUAUAGCUGGAGUUGUAUGAUUGGUUCUGUUAGAGCUG